UGGAGAAGAUUAUAAUGUGAUUAUUGAAGUGGGUAAAUCACCAAACACUAAAGAAUUCAAGACACACACAGCUAUUCUGAAAUUUAGAUCUUUAUAUUUUCGUAAUGAAUUAACUAAAAAAGAGGUACUGGUAGGAGUAUUAUCUUUGGAAAACCUUGAGGCAUCAUCUAUUUUUGAUAUUAUGCUAGUCGCUUGUGAAUUUCAUCUUGAAGAAUUAGUAAAACACCUUGAGACACAUCUAAUUAAUGCAGAGGCCCAUUGGCUACGUUCACG